ACAGUGCACGCUGUGUGUGCGCGCUCCCGCCGCCACUCCAUCCCACAGUCACACACUUUGCAUCGUCCCGUUCGCUGUCGGGAAACAUCCCACGGCACGCAAAGAUGACCAUCAACACUCUGGCGAGAGGAGGCUCGCACCGGGAACAAAUGACAUGCUUUCGCAAGAUGGAGAAGGUGAUCGUGGCCAUGCAGGACCCUGAUAUGGGCGUCAAGAUGAGGAACCAGAGGCUCCUUAUAACGGUCAUUCCGCACGCCAUGACAGGCCGUGACAUCAUCGAGUGGCUGGGUCACAAAUACAACAUAUGUGAAGAAGAGGCUCUGCAUCUGGGUGGCAUGCUGGUGAGGUAUGGCUACAUGUACCCUCUCAAGGAGCCACGAUCCCUGGUGCUGCAUCCCGAUGAGACGCCUUACCGCUUCCAGACCCCUUACUUCUGGACCAGCACUCGGUGGCCUGCCUCUGAGCUGGACUACGCGAUCUACUUGGCUAAAAAGAACAUCAGAAAACAAGGAGAGCUGAUGGAAUAUGAAAAGGAGCGGUACAGUUUGUUGCACAAGAGGAUCAACCACACCUGGGACUUUGUGGUGAUGCAAGCCAGAGAGCAACUCAGAGCAUCCAAACAAAGGCGGAAGGCGGACCGUAUUGUUCUAGAGUGUCAGGAGCAGGCGUACUGGCUCAUCAACAGACCCCCGCCUGGCGUGCCUAAUGUGCUGGACAUGGGACUUGCACGGCCAAAAAACUACAAUUUACAAGUUGUGCUGAAUAGUGACUACUACAAAAGAGAGAUUGAUACGUGUAAGAGGGCCCUGGGAAGAAACCGUGUCAAGUCAUCCAUCUGCCUGGAAGGUUUCGUGAAAUUCAGCGAGCAGUACCAGACCCACGACCCCAUAAUGCAGGGUUGUCUUCCCAGUAACCCCUGGAUCUCUGAUGACGCCGCACUUUGGAGCAUGAAUGCAGACAUGGUGCCCGUCCCCACUCGACUCCGUGUGGAACGCUGGAGCUUCAGCUUCAUGAAACUUCUCAAUGACACCAUGGGGAGGCGUGAAUUCAUGACUUACCUGGAGAAAGAGUUCAGCGCGGAGAACUUGUGUUUCUGGCAGGCCUGCGAGGACAUCAGGCAUGGAGAAAGUUCCAAGAUCGUGGAGAAGGUGGGAGAAAUGUACAAAAACUUCCUGGCCCCUGGAGCCGCUCGCUGGGUGAACGUUGACAGUAAAACCAUGGACAAGACCUUGGAGGGCCUCCAACACCCGCAUCGCUUUGUCAUGGACGAUGCACAGCUGCACAUCUACUUCCUCAUGAAGAAGGACUCUUAUCCCAGGUAUCUUAAAUCCGACCUUUACAAGAACAUGCUCGCCAGAGCUAUCAUUCCGCAGGAGACAAAGAAAAGCGUGUUCCCCUUCAUGAGGCGACAACGCCACUCCAGCCCCUCCCCCGCUCAGGCCGCCACCCACGAAGACGGGCACGCCAAAGGGUCCGGCGGACAGGCGGGCACCAGCUCCGCGGCCGUCUGACGCCUGACAGAAAAAGGCAUAA